AGAAUAGUCACAUAGAAACAACUAUGAAACCCGGGUAUAUCUAGUUGGAUUGCUUCAUUGUCCAGUUAUGAGAAGGAAAUCUAAAGCAAAGAAAGGAGCUUGAGCCUCUGAAGAAUUUAAAGAGGAUCAGUUUACCUGUCUCCAGACAGCUGGUUCGAUGCCCAGAACUGAAUGCUGUGCUCCAGCUGUGGCCUCACCGGUGCUGACUAGAGAGGAAGAGCCACCUGCAUAGCUUACAUGUGAUUCCUCUGCUUAUACAACCCAAUACUGGAUUUACUUACUGUGGCAAGAUAGCUGCAUUGUGCACUGUAUUUAAUGUUGCGUGUACUGUAACCCUGGGUCUUCCCUGCAUUGCUGCCGUCAAACCCCAAUCCUGCCGAUCUAAAACUCCUGCCUUUGUUUACCUUCCCCUUCUCCCAUAGACUUCCUACUCAUUCAUCCACAAUGAAUGUCAUCUUUUAAUCUCUCAUUUUCUUUUAUUCUAAUCAAACUGGCAAGACUUUCACUCUGUCCUACAAAUUGUCAGUUUGUCAGCCAUCUUACUUUCCUCCCUGCUUUGGUAAUGGAGCACCCUUUGUCUUUUCUCUGAUUCUUUUUCUCCUGUUAGUCAUGGCACACAAGCACUUGGUGUAGUGGGCUUAGUAAGCACUCACCUGGCAUUGCUUCUGUAUCCAAUACCCUGGAACUCCUGGUUUGGCUCCCUGAAGUUGUUACCUUGCUUUAGUCUUCCAUCCAGAUUUCCUUGACUUCUCCAGACCUCCUUCCCGUGGGUAGUAGUACCUCACAGCUCUUCUGCCUUCAAGCCAUUGGGUGCUAUUAUCUCACAGCUUCUCCACUAGCCAGAAGAUGAAAGCAUACUAUCAGCUCCCAGGGAAAGUUCUCUCAGUAAUGAAAGUUACUGUUUGUAAUUAUCAAUAGAAUAGUCUUCAGUAAUUUUAAGCAUAGUUUUACAAUUAGAGAUAAAGUUACUAUAAAAUUAUAGGAUAAAGGAAGCAAAGUAAGAUUUUUGUGUUGAAUAGGAUGCAGUUCACCAAGAAAGCCAAAUGGAGACUCUUGUUGAAUUUGGUGACUGUCUGGAAUGGAAAGUGAAGCCUUAUUUUUCCUGAGUCCUGGAGCAUUAGUACAGUCUAUCUCUGGUUUAGAGGAGGCUUUUAAGGUGGUUUGUUUAGGAUGGUUCACACAAAUACCCAAUCUUUCCAUUAUCUGCUUUGUGCAGUCAUUUAGAUUGUGGAGUGUGUUACCUUUUCUGAUUUGGGUGCUAAGAAUUGGAAGGUUUCCAAGUGUCUCUUUAUCUCUUUCUAAGCUUUCAAGUUGAACUGAAUCUUAGUGGUUCUUAUGGUAACAGUUUAGUUAAUGAUGAGUUUUUCCUUUUUUUUCUGUCUUAGUGGAUGUGUCCUAUAUAAAAAGCCCCUCCUUGGAUUUGUGGUAUUGACUGAAACUAGAAGCUUUUGCUUAUGUUUGUUUGUUUCUGGAGAAAGAUAAAAUUAAUUUGAAACUCUUUUUAACCUAAUUUCAUAGAUUACUAUCUAGUGUAUAGAAGUUACCAAACAUCUUUCUUCAGGCACCUGGUAGACAUAGGCAUGUUGUCUUACAGAGGUACGCUAUAGUAAGGGCUGACAUAUCAGUGAGCCUGUCAGCCUUUCUUGGUGAUAUAUAAAAGGUCUUACCUGACUCUUUUGUAUCUGUAAUUAGAGCAUGCUAAUUUUCAGUUCACAAUUAGAUAUAUCAAAGGAAAUGUUAAGCUUAAUAUGGCGAUUUUAAAGAAAGUAAUACAAAGAGUUUUCUGUGGUUUCCCACUACAUAUACUAUUUAAAAUUGAUAAAUUUAUUUUAGUUCAAGAAUAAAUGUUUGUAAAUAUAGAAAAAUGGCGGGUUUGUUUAUUUCCGUGUCACUUCCUAAAAAAUGUGGCGCCCUACUUGGAAGGAACAUUGGUUUUAUUAUUUGGCUCUGAAAUAACCGAGUGACAGAGCUGAAUGGACUCUUGUGUGUUAAAUGCUUUUCUUUAGGCAGCCUGUAAGCAGUAAGCGGGGCACAGUUUCUAUCUCCAUUUAUGGCUUUGGAAGGGUGAGAGGAACAGGGUUGGGAGUCUCUAUUUAAGGUUCUUGAAGGAGUUAAGAGUGGUUGGGGUGUUCUUGGAGGCAGAAACUAGACAUUGUGAGAUAAAAAUAAAUUGUCAGGGGAUGUUUGCAAUUCAAAUUCCACUCUGUGAAGAGGGCAGAGGGUGCUGGGAAAGAGAGUAUGUGUAAAGUCGAAUGAGAUCUGCUACAGAUGGGAUGGUUUUUUUCCACUGGAAGGUUUGGCCAUGAUAAUGUUUCCCAAAAUCAGGUUUUUUAUUUGUUUUAGGAAGUUUUGCCCUAUGGUGUCAUGACUCUUCUUUACAAAAAGAAGAAAUGCUUUUAAAAAUGGUAGAGUGGAAAUCUCAGUUUUCUAAGGUUAGCUGGCUGCAGUGCAGGUGUCUGUGUCUGAGGAAGACCAUCAUCUGUGUCAUUCUUUUAUUAUUCCUGUUGCCUGUUUGUAUUUCUGGAUGGAUUUAAAAGUAUUUCAGGGAGCAUCUUGUCAGCUGUGAUUUGAGGAGACUGUACUUUGAGACUCCAUGAAGACUAUCAACAGAUGUUUUAGUUUGGUGAGAAUAGGUGAUAUAUUAGCUUAUGGGAAGCAAUCUCACUUUUAGGAGAAAGUUUAUAGUCUUGCUAAUGCCUACAAAUUUAGUUAGAGAUGAACCAGUUUGAAGAGUUGAGUUAGAAAAUAUUUGGAAGCCACCAGAGAAAGGGGGUCUUGUCUUUCAAAAAUAUUCAGAGUGAAACCCAAUAAAAGAAAGGAAGUUAUGCUAGUAGAUGAAUGAGAGCAUGAGUUGUAUCAUUAAAUUCAGGAAACUGAGCUAGUCUAAAAUAAGGAGUAGAAAUAAAGACUUUGAAAAAAAUGUGGAAGAGUUGGACAAAAUAAUGACAUUCCCCAGGUUUUGUCUGUGGGCUUGCAUAAAUGAUACUUAUUUGCUAUGUAUCAUAUGACAGAAAAAGAAAUGAAAUGACCCACUACUUUCCCUCCCCUAGAAACUGUUGGUCUUGUUGGUAUGUUUAGCUGGCAGUUUUGAGUUGGUAAACUAAUAAAAUGUAGGUAUUAAUGUAUUGCCUCUCUGUUGUUGGUGUCUGAGACUGGGGACUUGUGGCAUUAUUGAUGUGGCUUCUGUUUUAAAUUUUAGUUGCAGAUUGAGUUAGCAAGGAAUAAAAAGUGCAUGAUAAAUUUCAUUAGCUAGUUUGUGUUGGCAGUUGUUUUACCUUGUGUUCCUCCCUAACUAAGAGUAAGGAAAGUAUUCUUUACUUUGGGAAAUUCUUCUUUCUGUCCUCCUUCCCUCACUUUCCAAAUUCUGGGCACCAUAGCAGCUCUCUCCUGUGGCAGGUGUGCAUCCUAUUGGCUGGCUGGUAUUUCUUCCAACCCCCCUUAUUCUUUUUAAAUGGGGGAGGGGGUAUAAAUAUGUGUAUGGGGUACAUGCAAUAAUGUUGUAAUGUUCCUUGUUGUUUAAUUGAUAAUUGCAAAAUAAUUGUUUAAAUGAUAACAUGUUUGAAUAAAUGCUAAAUUAGUAUUUUUCUAAUAUAAUAAUGAAUUUGAAAUCUAGUAUUCCUGUAACAAUGUGUCUCUGUUUGUCUGUCUGUGUCUGUCUAAUAGUAAUUAAUAUCUGUGGUCCGUAUCUGGAAGAGGAAGUACAGCUUUAAAGGAAUAACAAAAGACUUUGUGUCUUAGACCCUUCGCAGGUGUUACAGUCGGGUGAAAGAACAUGGUGUUGGGAAAAGAAAGAGCAGUUACACAUUUGAACAGUUGGAACAGGUGUUUGGUCAGGGAGGAUGGGAUGCUCAGCCCUGCCAGCCUGUACUUAUUAACAGUAGUGGCUUGUACCAGGAGCUGGAGUCAGAUGGCAGCACUAUGGAGGACUAUUCACAGGAGGACUGGGGAAACCACAGUCAGGAUCUCCAUGGCUAUCCAACAGAUCAGGAUUUGGAUGAAAUACCUAUUUCAAAAAGAGCAUUAAAAAUAAAACAGGAGACUUCUGAGGAAGCACAGAAGCGAGACAUCAUGCAAAAUAUUGUACAGAUUUUGGAAUCAGUACAAUUAAAAUGGGAACUAUUUCAGAGCUGGACAGACUUUUCAAGACUCCAUCUUUCUAAUAAACUGGCCAUUUUUGGAAUUGGUUAUAACACCCGUUGGAAAGAGGAUAUCCGUUACCAUUAUGCUGAGAUCAGCUCACAGGUGCCACUUGGCAAGCGUCUUCGGGAGUACUUCAACUCAGAGAAGCCUGAGGGACGGAUCAUUAUGACCCGAGUGCAAAAAAUGAACUGGAAAAAUGUUUACUACAAGUUUUUAGAGAUCACUAUUAGUGAAGCUAGGUGCCUGGAGCUGCACAUGGAAAUUGACUGGAUACCUAUCGCCCACUCCAAGCCAACUGGGGGGAACGUUGUUCAGUAUUUACUGCCAGGAGGGAUUCCUAAAAGCCCUGGCCUUUAUGCCAUUGGCUAUGAAGAAUGUAUUGAGAGGCCCCUCUCACCCCACAUAGAACGACGUUCCUUGGACCCUGGCAAAGAGGGCCGAGCUGACCUGGAAACCCUUUCAGCACAAGCCUCAUUACAGGUGGAAAUGGAACCCACCCGAAUUACCUACUGCUACCUCGGCAUUGCUGAGGUCAGGACUCUGCAGCAAUGCUUGUUUUUACAUUUCCAAGCAAAUACCAAAACCUUCAAUAAAGAUUGGGUUGGUAUCAAUGGGUUUUUGUCACAGAACUGUAUUGUAGAUCCUGGAGUUUCCCCCAAAUCCAUCUAUAUCAAAUUUGUAGAAGUAGAAAGGGAUUUUCUUUCCGCUGGCUCAUUAGUUGAGUGCCUGGAAAAAGCCAUUGGAUACCCCUUAAAAUUUAACAACUGAGUGUCAUCCUUCAUAAGGAUUUGGGCUCGUAUAUCCUCCCUCACUUCCCAUUGCCCUGACUGCCCUGCAUCCAGAUGCUGCUGUCAGACUUCGUGGGAAUGCUUUCCACCACGAGGCCAGUACAACCUCAAAGAAUCACAGACUUUGGGCAGAAAAAAAACAGACCUCACCUGAGCAUGCUCAUUUUGAGCAGGCAAGAUAUCUAACAGACUUGCAUGGUGGGCCAGUUCUUUUUUUUAAAAAAAAUAAUUUUUAAGUGGAUUUUAGAGCCCUGGUGUAAACAAAUGUAGGUACAUUCCAUAUUGGACAAAACUUAUACUUUGAGUUUCAUACGAAAUUGAAAAAUUGUAUUUUUUUCACAAUGUUUCAUUUUUACACAUUUCUGUCUCUAUAAAGUAUUAUUUACAAUUUUGAAUAAAUAAGCAAUAGAUAAUGACAAAUUAAAACUUGAGUCACAGUAAAUAAGGCUGUUUUUCAAUAUCACCUUUAGCUACUAUUGUAUAUAACUGAAUUUCAUUUUCACCAAGUGUUUUGCUAUCUAUUUCCAAUCAGUGUUGCCUGCAAAGACUUUUUUUUUCUGUGUUGUACCAACUUUUAUGGUUGUGUUGCCAUUCAAAUUUUUUUAAAAAAAAAUAUUAAAGUAAUUCCCGACUUGU